UACUGUAAUCAUAUGAUAGCCGCCCGUCCACCGACUAACUUCUUCCCGCUCCACUUUUUUAUUUUAUUAGUAACGAACAACGAUAAAGGAACUUUUUUUUUCUUUUUUUUUUAAUUUUAAAAAGAAAAAGUCUUAAAGAGAACCGGGAUCGGGGAUCGCAUCAUCUGAGAUUUCAAGCCCGCUUGAGAGACGCGCUCGGCGGACGACUGCGCUGUCCUCGCACCGGGCGGAGGAGGGGGCGGAGAAAAGUUCGGUUGUUGUUUUUCUGUCUAGUUUUAAGUUUGUUUUUUCCCCCCACCCCGGUCGCUUAGUGUGUGCGUGCGCACGUGCGCGUGUGUGGAGACUUCCACAGCCAUGGUCGGGGAGACAGAGGUGAAGGAGAGACCCAAGUCCAACCCGGACUACUUAAUGCAGCUGAUGAACGACCGCAAGGUGAUGAGUUCACUGCCCAACUUCAGCGGCAUCUUCACGCAUCUGGAGCGGCUGCUGGACGAAGAGAUCGGGCGGGUACGCAAGGACAUGUACAACGACACGGUGAACGGCGGCAUGUUCAACGGGCGCGACAUGGAGGAGCUGCCCGAGGCGGUGGGGCCCGUGGCCCAGCUGCAGGAGAAGCUCUACGUGCCCGUCAAAGAGUACCCUGACUUCAACUUUGUGGGGAGGAUCCUGGGCCCGCGCGGGCUGACGGCCAAACAACUGGAGGCGGAGACCGGCUGCAAGAUCAUGGUGCGAGGGAAAGGCUCCAUGCGGGACAAGAAGAAGGAGGAGAUGAACCGAGGCAAGCCCAACUGGGAGCACCUGAGCGAGGACCUUCACGUCCUCAUCACCGUGGAGGACACGCACAACCGGGCCAAGAUCAAGCUGCAGCGGGCCAUCAACGAGGUCAAGAAACUCCUCGUCCCCGCCGCUGAAGGCGAGGACAACUUGAAGAAGAUGCAGCUGAUGGAGCUGGCCAUCCUCAACGGGACGUACAGAGACGCCAAUGUGAAGACAUCCAUCGCCGGCUUCCCGCUGGGCACCCCCCAGAACCACCGCAUCAUCACCGGCCCCACGCCCGUCCUGCCGCCCGCCUUGCGCAACCCGGCCCCGGUGACCACGCCCACCCUCAUGCCCCUGAUCCGCCAGAUCCAGAGCUCCGCCCUAGUGCCGGGCGGCAACCCGCACCCGGCGCUGCUGCAGCAGGGACCCGAGUCGGGGAUCAUCUACGCGCCGUACGAGUACCCCUACACCCUCACGCCCUCCAUAUUGGAAUACCCCAUCGACUCCACCGGAGUAUUAGUCCCUUCGUCCUGUGUUUUCGCAGCAGGUGCCAUGACCACUAAGGUACGCCGCCACGACAAGAGAAUCCAUCCUUACCAAAGGGUAGUGACCACAGACAGAGGUUAGUUAGCUCGCCAGCCACUUUAUGUGUACGUGUGUGUGUACGUGUGUGUGUGUGUGCGUGUGUGUGUGUGUGUGUGUGUGCGUGUGUGCGUGUGCGUGCAUGCAAAACAAGGGACCAGUUUACGUGCGUCGACACGACACGCCGAAAUAUCCGUAACGUGCUCGGCGUAAAAUGUGAAAUCAGUGUUUUGUUGCAGUAAAAGCGAAGUUAGAGGGGAACUCGCUCUUUUGGAAUGUUGAUAAUCAUUCACAAUCCUUUAUGUAAGACAAGAACACGUAUAAAAGGCAUUCUAAAUCAUAAAUAAACUUUAGCAAAAGUCAGCUUACGAUAGAGCCAGUGGGAUUGGCUCUAUUCUGCCUAUAAUGCCCCUCAAAAAACAUCCAAAUGGUACAUCCAUAGUAACAGUUUUACUGCGAUCAUUUUUUUUUAUUAACAGCCCUAAUUUUUGAGCCUGAACAUAAGGAGAAUGAUCUACAAAUUUUAGAAGUUGAGUGUUUAACAGAUCCAGCAAGAAAGCAGUGUUGCUCAUGCAUGUAAUUUAUUUUCACAAAACAUGGUAACAGUUUUACUGCGAUCAUUUCUUGUGAUUUAUCACAUAAGUUAACGGCCCUGAUUUUUGAGCCUGAACAUAAGGAGGAUGAUCUCCGAAUUUUAGAAGUUGAGCGAUAAACAGAUCCAGCAAGAAGCAGUGUUGCUCAUGCAUGUCAUUUAUUUGCACAAAACCUGGUGACAGUUUUACUGCGAUAAUGUUUUUGUGAUUAAUCACAUGAGUUAACGGUUUUAAUUUUUGAGCCUGAACAUAAGGAGGAUGAUCUCCGAAUUUUAGAAGUUGAGUGAUAAACAGAUCCAGCCAGAAAGCAGUGUUGCUCAUGCAUAUCAUUUAUUUGCACAAACCUUGGUAACAGUUCUACUGCAAUAAUAUUUUGUGAUUAUUCGCAUGAGUCAACGGCUCUAAUUUUUGAGCCUGAACAUAAGGAGGAUGAUCUACAAAUUUUAGAAGUUGAGUGUUUAACAGAUCCAGCAAGAAAGCAGUGUUGCUCAUGCAUGUAAUUUAUUUUCACAAAACUUGGUAACAGUUUUACUGCGAUCAUUUCUUGUGAUUUAUCACAUGAGUUAACGGCUCUAAUUUUUGAGCCUGAACAUAAGGAGGAUGAGCUCUGAAUUUUAGAAGUUGAGCGAUAAACAGAUCCAGCAAGAAGCAGUGUUGCUCAUGCAUGUCAUUUAUUUGCACAAAACCUGGUAACAGUUUUACUGCGAUAAUGUUUUUGUGAUUAUUCGCAUGAGUUAACGGCUCUAAUUUUUGAGCCUGAACAUAAGGAGGAUGAGCUCUGAAUUUUAGAAGUUGAGCGAUAAACAGAUCCAGCAAGAAGCAGUGUUGCUCAUGCAUGUCAUUUAUUUGCACAAAACUUGGUAACAGUUUUACUGCGAUCAUUUUUUGUGAUUAUAACAUGCAUUAACGGCCUUCAUUUUUGAGCCUGAACAUAAGGAGGAUGAGCUCAGAAUUUUAGAAGUUGAGCGAUAAACAGAUCCAGCAAGAAGCAGUGUUGCUCAUGCAUUUAUUUGCACAAAACUUGGUAACAGUUUUACUGCGUUCAUUUUUUUUGUUAUUAAUCACUCGAGUAAACAGCCGUAAUUUUUGAGCCUGAACAUAAGGGGGAUGAGCUCUGAAUUUUAGAAGUUAAGUGAUAAACAGAUCCAGCAAGAAAGCAAUGUUGCUCAUUCUUGUAAUUUAUUUGCACAAAACUUAGCUACAGUUUUACUGCGAUAAUUUUUUGUGAUUAUAACAUGCGUUAGCCCUAAUUUUUGAGCCUGAACAUAAGGAGGAUGAGCUCUGAAUUUUAGAAGUUGAGUGAUAAACAGAUCCAGCAAGAAAGCAAUGUUGCUCAUUCUUGUAAUUUAUUUGCACAAAACUUAGUUACAGUUUUACUGCGAUAAUUUUUUGUGAUUAUAACAUGCGUUAGCCCUAAUUUUUGAGCCUGAACAUAAGGAGGAUGAUCUACAAAUUUUAGAAGUUGAGUGAUAAGCAGAUCCAGCAAGAAGUAGUGUUGCUCAGUGCUAAACGAGAUAUACAAACUAUGAACAUAAUAAAACAAUCACUUACUGCACAAUGUCUGCUCUCACUGCUAUGCCGACUGAUGUCCCGCUUAGAUGAGGAAUUAAUUAUAAUCCUCAAAAAAAAAAAGUGCCGUAUAGGUGAAGUAAAACAACAAUUCAACUAAAACAACAUCAUAAAAAGGAUACAAAGUGGAUUAAAAAUGAUAGUUAAAAGGUGCAUUAACUAAAAGCUUUACUAAAAAGAGAAGUUUUCAAAUGUUUCUUAAAGGUUUCAACACAGUCAAGAUCACGGAGGGACUGGUGCAAGUUGUUCCAGAGUCUGGGAGAUAUAGUCUGGAAUGCCAGGUCUCCACGGGUUUUAAAACGAGUUUUUGGGGAUCUUUAGAAGACCCUGGCCUGAAGACCGGAGGCUGCGCCCUGAAUGUCAGGACUAAAAUCUUAAACUCAAUGCGGGAUUUAACUGGAAGCCAAUGGUAGUCCGUCUGCGUUAGCACUUGUAAUAACAAUGUCGUUAAUACUUGGUUAAUAUUCAAGUUACGAUAUGUAAAUGGGGUGUUGUUGGCGGUUUUUGGAUGUUUUUUAGAGGGCGCUCUCAUAAGCUGCAUUGUUAGCCACCUCUUACUUGCCGUAUUUUACGACUUAGAAUGUGUGUAUCAAAUCAAGCACUUAGGCAUGGAGACUGUUUCUACAAACAUGUGUGAAAGAAUGGGCCGCUCUCAGUGAUUUCCAGCGUGGAACUGUCACAGGAUGCCACCUGUGCAACAAAUCCAGUCGUGAAAUUUCCUCGCUCCUAAAUAUUCCAAAGUCGACUUUAUUAUAAGAAAAGUGAAGAGUUUGGGAACAACAGCAACUCAGCCACCAAGUGGUAGGCCACGUAAACUGACAGGGAGGAGUCAGCGGAGGAAUUAUGGUGUGGGGUUGUUUUUCCAGGAGUUGGGCUUGGCCCCUUAGUUCCAGUGAAAGGAACUUUGAAUGCUCCAGGAUACCAAAACAUUUUGGACAAUUCCAUGCUCCCAACCUUCAGAAUCAGAAAUACUUUAUUAAUCCCCGAGGGGAAAUUAAGAUUUUAAGCACAAUCCCAUUCAAGAGCAGACAAACAUUACAGGGAGACAGAACAGGAUCAAACAUUACAGGGAGACAGAACAGGAUUGCUGACGGGUCUGGCAAAUUCCGACAAAAAAGGUGAGAAACAGGUAAAGGUUGAGAAAAAAAAUUCAGUCUAAGCCUGGGCACCUGGAGAGCGGGUCCAGACUGAGGACAAGGAAGAAAAAAACCUCAUAGCCAUAGCACACAUAAAGAUGCGUGCAAGAGGGAUACAUCAAAUAACACAAAGGACAUUAAAUCCUUGUGGGAACAGUUUGGAGCGGGCCCCUUCUUCCUCCAACGUGACUGUGCACCAGUGCACAAAGCAAGGUCCAUAAAGACAUGGAUGACAGAGUCUGGUGUAGGUGAACUUGACUGGCCUGCACAGAGUCCUGACCUGAACUCCGAUAGAACACCUUUGGGAUGAAUUAGAACGGAGACUGAAGAGCCAGGCCUUCUCCACCAACAUCAGUGUGUGACCUCACCAAAGACUUUAUGCACAAAUGCUCCAAACUCCAUGUGACCUUCCAAUUAGCCCACGUACAGUACGCAGAGAGCUUCAUGGAAUGGGUUUCCAUGGCCGGGCAGCUGCAUCUAAGCCAUACAUCACCAAGUCCAAUGCAAAAGCGUGGGAUGCAGUGGUGUAACGCACGUCGCCACUGGACUCUAGAGCCCAUGGAUGACAAAGUCUGAUUGUAGGUGAACUUGAAUGGCUUGCACAGAGUCCUGACCUGAACCCGAUAGAACAUACUUGCCAACCCUCCCGGAUUUUCCGGGAGACUCCCGAAAUUCAGCGCCUCUCCCGAAAACCUCCCGGGACAAAUUUUCUCCCGAAAUUCAGGCGGAGCUGUAAGCCACGCCCCCUCCAGCUCCAUGCGGACCUGAGUGACGUCAGGUGCGCAACACCACGUAAAUCGUUUGGCCAACCAAAAAGUAACCCCAGUACGCUAUAGCCAACAUUCACCAGGAGAUGGCAACAGACAAACAUAGAUCACUAUUACAUUCCUCCCCUUUUAGAAAUAUAUAGAAGUUACUCAAAAUAAAUAAACAACCCAACCAAAAAAAUGCAGCAGCUCAAUUAAAAAACUGUACUUAAGCCACAUUCUUUUCUCUUUUUUUUUAGUACUGAACUCUUAACACUCAUUUGUAAAAAAAAAAUAACAUGCUUAUUAUACAAACAGUAUUUGUACACCUUUAACACAGAUUUUUAUACUGUCUUCAGAGAUUCAGUUUUUUUGGUGGUACUCGAAACCUUUCUGGGUACCUGCGAAAGAGUGUUCAGCAUGGUUGGAAAAAUAGUGACAGAGAAUAGAACAAGGAUGGACAAUUCAACCCUUAACUCAACAAUGAGUAGAUGAGUGUUAUGUG